AAAGUAAAUCUCCACCAGGUUAGUUAGCAUUUCAUCAAAUUGGGCCCAAAAUGGUAACAUCCAACCCAACGGACCCAUAACAAUCGAGUCCACUUGAAAGGUUCCAGUCUGGUGAAGUUCAGGAGGAGGAGGAAAAAGACGAAUACGACGACUUUGGUGGUUGUGGCCGCAGUGUUAGUUAGAAGUUAGAACAGAGAUAGUAACUAACAACCACUGUUACUCCUUCAAAUUGAAAUCGAAAUCAAAAAUCAAAGAUGCUCCGAAUAUGGAUACGUGGAAGAAUAUCAGAGACAGAGAAUUCGGAAAAUUGCAACCAAAUUCAUUCUCUAAUCGCAUAAAAUCAAAUCGCAUUUCACAACUCCAAUUAUCAAAUCACAAAGAACUCGUUUCAUCUCACAAAGGCGCAAUUAACUCUCUUCAGAUUGAUUUAACAGAGGGAAGAUAUUUGUUAUCUUCUGCAUCGGAUGCAUCGGUGGCUGUUUACGAUGUUCAAAGGCCGAGUGAUUACACCGGUGUGAUAUCGAAACAUAGUUGUUUAUUUGUUAUUGAUAAGCAACAUCAAUUAGCUCAUAAAUAUGCAGUUUCUUCAGCUAUAUGGUAUCCCAUUGAUACUGGAUUAUUCAUUACCGGUUCAUAUGAUCAUUAUGUUAAUGUUUGGGACACUAACACCACUCAGGUGGUGGUGAAUUUCAAAAUGCCUGGAAAGGUGUAUAAGACUGCAAUGUCUACAUUGUCGACAUCUCACACACUUAUUGCUGUUGGAACUGAAGAUGUUCAAGUUCGUCUUUGUGAUAUUACUUCUGGGGCAUUUGCUCAUACUUUGUCUGGUCAUCGUGAUGGUGUAAUGACUGUUGAAUGGUCUGCUUCAAGUGAAUGGGUCUUGAUUACUGGUGGGUGUGAUGGUGCAAUACGUUUUUGGGACAUAAGGCGUGCUGGUUGUUACCAAGUUUUAAAUCAAUCUCGAACGCAGCUUGGAAGACGUCCACCUAUACUCAAACGUUCCAUGCUAACUAAGGAAUCAAGUACAAAAAUGCGUGCUUCACAGAAGAAACUUGCCAAUGGCAGUGGCAGUGGACAACUGGCAAUUGGCAGGCUAUCAUCUAAGGGACCAAUGAAGCAGAAAUUACAUCCAGGAAUGCUUUCUACUCAGGAUCGUGCAACUGCUCAUUAUGGUGCUGUGACAGGAUUGAAAGUAACAGAGGAUGGCAUGUAUCUCUUAAGUGCAGGGUCUGAUUCAAGAUUGAGGUUGUGGGAUAUUGAGUCAGGCUGCGAUACGCUUGUGAACUUCGAAACAGUCCGCAUACAAACAAGCAGACCUAUUCAAUUAGCUACAACUCAAGACUCAGCCCUCGUUUUUGUUCCAUGCAUGAGAGUUGUGAAGGCAUUUGAUAUGUGGUCUGGGAAUGCACACACGAUAUUACGUGGACACUAUGAGUCUGUAAACUCCUGCUGGUUUAAUCAACAAGACCAGGAGUUGUACACUGGUGGAAAUGAUAGACAGAUUCUUGUAUGGACACCUGCCAGGACAAUUGCCGAUGAAAUGGGUGAAGGAGAUCCUGACGAUCAGGAUAGCUGGAGUAACUGAGAUUCGCCUUCAUUUGUUUCACAUGUUUAUAAUUGGCUUGCCUUUGUAUUUUGCAUGUUUGUGGGAUUUGUAAAUAAAGGUUUGUUCUGGUUUUGGAGCAAUAUGUGAAACACUUAGAAGGACAAAACUGCAAAAUUGUAUACUAGUAGCCCAUUGCUUUUGUAGAUAAUUUUUUUUUCCCUUUUUCGUAUUGUAAACUUUGACAGUGUAAAUAUUGACGAGUUUGGUUUUUUUCCUUUCCUUAAUGUUUUACCAAAAUAAGGUUGUAUACAUAAUCAUAUGUGCGAUUUUAAAUGACAUUGGUAUCUUAAUCUUUA